AGUCCAAUUUUCUUUUUCAAUCUUGGCCAUCUAAUUUUUGUAUAUUAAAUUUUGCUGACCCCACCAAUCUUGGCCCCUCUUUCCCCUUUCAAAACCUAAUUUCCUGCGUGAUGAGGUCUUGGUUGAAGGAGAACAGUGUUAUUUCAGUUUCCCUCUGCAAUUUUCGUACGGCUGAUGAUCUCAUGGAUUGCUUUGGAGAAGGUUUGGUAGGAGCGGUCCAUUCUGUCCUCUUCGAUGACCUAAUCGCGUCUGUUGAUGAAGUAUGGGAUGAAGGAGCAUAGUAUUUCUUCCCUUUUGUUCUUCAUAAUUCGUACUGCCCCUGAUGUCAUGGACUGCGUUGGAGGAGGUUUGGUAGAAGGGGAAGAUUGUGGGUUUCAAUUUGAUGUCGCCAGUCAUGGUCAUAUUUGCAGGCUCCCCUCACUGUAGAUAUUAUGAAGUUUGGGAGCAGUCGGGGAAGAACUGAGUUUUUAUGUCAGUUUAGUACAAGAGAGAAAACACUUUAACCCACGGUGAGAGCACUCAGACAUGGGGAAAGAGGGAUGGAGGUCUGUAUGUAGAGGAUUGAUGGAAGCUAGAUGACCAUAUGUGCCAAGGACAAGAGGUCGAUGAAGUUGAGCCCAUAAUGGAAGCUUUACCUAAUCUGGAACUAUGAGCUUGGAACCAUGAUAGAGAAGCAUGGAAGAUCAGACCAAGGUUUAUUAGGAAGUGGGAGAUGGCACCUACGGCUAAACCUUAUAAAUUUGCAACUUCUCUUGAUUGAUGCUAAGGUAAUUUUCUCCUUUUAUUUGUUUUUCACUGGUUGAAUGUCUUAAACGGAAUGUUGGAAUUUUACAGUGUUGAUGAGCUUGAAACCAUGGCUACUGCUGAACAUUUUAUGGCAACAUAUUUUGAAUUGGAGUCAACUAGAAGGUAUGUUGCAACUACUGUGACUUCAGUUCAUGAAAUGGAAAAUGGUUUCAAUCUAAAGAGGACCUUGCCAGCGCAGGAGCAACAAAGAGGCAUACUUUCUGUGUUUUGGUGCUGACCAAGCCUGCAAAUGGUGAAAUGGAACAAGGGGAACAAGAGAAACUAAAGUCAGAUUAUGAUCAAGUUGUGUCAGAUGUUACUGAGAUUACAGUUUCACUUUUUUGAAACAAGCACAAAUGUAUAUGUACUGUUGGCUCCAGUUGGAUUAGCAAUAUAUUGAUGUGUGGAUUUUAUUAUAAUUUUAUGUGGCUCUACAUUUUGUUGCUAUGAAAGUUGUACCUCCCUUGCCUUGAUAAAAAAAAACCUACUUAACAUUGUAUGUGAUUGUUUGUUUUUUCUAUGGUCCUUUGUUUUUCUGCUAUUGCUGUUGUCUUUGUUUAGUUUGCUGGUGCCGCAGAUCUUCAUGAAAAGGGUAGAUGAUGUUGCUGUCGUGUCCCGUUUCUGCUACUACCUUUUUCUUGCUGCUGCUGUUUGUUGAUCUUAUUUUGUUAGUGUUGUUUUCGUUUGUAUUUUUUACUCUUUGCUGUUUUCCUCUCUGUUUUCUCUUGUGCUAGGCUUUAAUCUCACUCGGGAGAGAUUGUUCCCUGGAAUCUCUUUUUAUCAAUUCAUGAUCUUUUCUUCUCAAAAAAGAAUACAUUGUAUGUGUUUGGUGUAUUGCUUUUUAGUUUAAAAAAUUCUUAUUCCUUUAGGAUAAUUCAAUAUACCUAUGUUUUUUUUUUCCUAUUCUUCACAUGAGUAGUUUGAAUAUGACUCUGCGUAGUCCACUUAGGAACCAAGAAAAACCUUAUUAAAGUAAGAGAAGUUUAUUGUAGGCUAAACAUCUCACACCUCAAUACUAUUUACACCUUAUAUUUCUCUCUCUUCUCUUCUAAUCACAAUUCUCAUUCUCUCUCAUUUCUCUUUCCCUUUCAUUCUUACUUACAAUUUUAGUAACUACGAAAACAUUUUUAUCUCUUACUUAUGUAUUGGAUGACCACUUUUUAUUUCUUAAUGUUAUAAGCCUAUUAGACAUUCCUCUGGGUUUAUCUUUGUCAUCUCUGUAUUUUUUUCAAAUUUUAGUAAAAUUCUAUCAUAAGGAAGAGUUGGUCAAUGCAUGUAUCUUCAUUUUUCAGUAAAAGGGAGCAAAAGUUUCAUGGGUUUUAACCUGGUUUGUGGUGGUUGUUAUGUGGGAAGGGUAAAACAAAAGUCAGGGCUCCAGCUAAGAGAAGUCCUCACCACAACACUUGAACCUGGUCAUUUAGAAAGGUCCAUAUCACAAGAGAAACUGCAACCAGAUAACAACCAGAGAUCAGUUUCAUGAUGCUUUCAAGGAAGGGAGUUCAUUCCGCAGCAGUUCAUUUGCAGAAGAAAUUGCCACAUUGAACUUUGGAGUUAAUAAACUUGAAUCUGAAUGUGAGGUGAAAUGAAAUCUACUACUUCUUAUUCUCCAAUUACUUCCAAGUACUUUGGAUAAAAGUUUGGAUCUUACUCUUCUAAGUCAUAAAAUUGGACAAAAUAGCAUUUUAACCUUUGAAAUUUUGUCAUUGUGAGAAUUGAAUAAGAUUAGUUGAUUGUGUUGUUUUAACACAGUUUAAAACAUGGCUGUGAUUUGCAAGCUGGUACUGAAUGUUGUGUUCGUGCUUUAUCAUUCUUGGUUCUUAUUUUUUCUGCCUUUGAAGUUUGUUGUGGUGCUUAAAGUUGCAAUUUGCAGGUUUCCAUUUUUAAGUAGUAACUACGUGAGUACCAACACGAAGUUUGAACAAAUGAGAGAGAGAGAGCGAGUAGAGAGAGAGUGAGAGAGGGUAGGCAAGGAGUCUGGGAGAGGAAGGGUCAGAAAGUACAGGAUGGUGAGGGAUGGACUGUGGUUAGGGGGAGAAACAAGGGAAACAUCACAACCUACUUCUUUUCCAACUUUCCGGAAGGAUGGAGGGAGGAAGCUAUGUGGAGAGUUUUCCAUAGGUAUGGGAGGGUUUGGGAGGUGUUUAUACCUGGAAAACGAAAUAAAAGGGGGGUGAGAUUUGGGUUUGUAAGAUUUCUGGAUGUGCAGAAUGAGAGUGCACUGGAACAGAGACUACAACAAAUUGUGAUAGGUGCUGAGAGAGUUCAGGUGAACUUGGCGAAAUACUCCAAGGAUGUUGAAACAAGCAAGGGUGUGAUCCUUCGUAAGCCAACUCGUAAUUAUGGUAGACAUGAAGGAGGUGGCAGCAAGGAUCCCAUGUAUGGCAGACGGAGCCAUCAGACGUAUGCACAAGUGGUGGCUGGAGGAAGGAAAGGUGGUAACCGAAAAGGGAGAGGUGCAGGGAUGCAGGAUGGAAACCUGAAGCACGACCGGAAAAUGGCAGGUAUUGAGAUAUGGUCUGGCCCAGAAAUUCCUCCAGGUGACGCUUGGAUGCAGCGGAGCAUGGUGGGCACAGUAUCAAAUCUUGAAGCACUUCCCCUGAUUCAAGAUGCCUUUCUGAUUGAGGGCCACACUACUGUACAGGUGAAGUACAUGGGGGACGACCUAGUUCUGCUUUCUAGCUCAGAAGAUGUAAACUUGGGGGAGAUCCUACAUGAAACGAAAGGUUGGUUGGAGGAAGUGGUGACUAACAUUCGACCCUGGUCACCAACAAUCGCUCCUGUAAACCGAGUGGUUUGGGUGCGGUGCACAGGCCUACCGUUGAAUAUGUGGAAUCCAGAAUGCUUAGGGAGCGUUGUUCUUCCAGUAGGUGAUAUUGUGAAGGUGGAUGAAGGGACAAGUUCCUUUUCUGUUCUUGAAUUUGCUAGGGUUCAAGUCAGAACUACUUCUCUGGAAUCUGUUUCAUUUGCUAGAAAGAUUAUGAUUAAUGGCACCCCAUACACAAUAAGAAUUAUUGAAGAAGGGGGGCAAAAUCAGUGUGCCUGUAUGGCAAGCGUGGAGGACGGAGAGGAUGUGACAUCUGGAUGGUCGUUAAGCGAUGAUCUGAACAACUUAGGUGGUGACGAUUCCGGCGAGGAAGAUGAAGGGACAUGGCCGGUGAACCCUGAUAACCAAACGGCGUCCCAGGGGGUCGGUAACCACUCCCAAGGAGCGAGUAAUGUUCUGGGGGGCAUUAAUGAUGGCGUAAUGGGGGUGGACUUCCCCGUGAAUCUAAUUAUGGAGGAGGAUAAAAUGGGGAGCCAAAUUAUGGGGGAAGCGUGCAAUGACGCAGAUGUAGAAUCUGAAGUGGCGGCGGUGGCCCCCACUACCAAUGAUGAUGGAAUUAAUGAUAAUGUGGUCAAUGGGGGUGGUGCACGUGAGGAGGGUGUGGAGGAUAGUAAUGUAGCAGAUGGUGUGGAUGAGGCAAUAGUGGAACCAGAUAUCCCUAUAAUGAGCCCACAAGGUGGUUUGGGCCAUGGCCCAAUAGCAGUGGAAAACAAUAUACUAAAUUUGGGUCAAUCUGGAGUGAAGACACAUGACACCUCUGUGGAUAUUCUGGGAAGUUGUGGUCACGUGGGGGAAAGCGGAAAUCCUAGCCAGAAACAACAGGAUGGAAACAGAAAAGAGGGUCAGGUGCAAGUCCAUGUGAGCCAUCAAUUAAAAUCCAAGGAGAUGGCUUGUGGCAAUCCUUUGUCGCUAAGCAACUCUUUCUCUCUUCUGCGUAGGCCGAGAAACCUUGGUAGCUCGUUGGCAUCUUCUUCGUCCAAGCAGGUCAGAUCCGGUCCCUCAAUUAUGCAGCGAGGUGAUUCAGAGGUUGAGGUAAGGUCGAACAGCACGCCAACUGGGCCACAUAGUAAAUCUAAAGCUCGAGAGCAUAAUAAGGCUAAGUGGUUAAGGGGGAGAGAAAAAGAGGCACAGAAAAUUUGGGCAAUGGGUCAAGAGCUUGGGGUAACAGCUACAGGUGACGCUUCUGAAGUAAUUUUGCAGCUUAUUGACAUGGAAAAUAGAGAUGCAGAGAUGGCCGGGGCGCAAGGUGGGGCGGUCUCAAAUGGGGGUCAAGCUGGUUUGCCAUGAAGAUCAUCUCUUAUAAUGUAAGAGGAUUGGGGAGCAGGGCCAAGAGGAGGGUGGUUAGGGAGUUGAUGGUCAAGGAGCAGGUUGAUAUGCUUUGUAUUCAGGAGACAAAGUUGGAGACCAUUAAUGCAGGCAUAUGUAGCCAAGUGUGGGGGGAUUCCGAGCUUGAGUGGAAAGCCAAACCAGCUGUGAAUGCAAGUGGUGGACUUCUCUGUCUAUGGAAAUUGGGUGUGUUUCACUUGCAGGACUGUAUAAUAGGGAGUGGUUUUUUGGGUCUGGUGGGACAGUGGGGAGAUUUACCUGACAAUGUCGCCAUUGUAAACAUAUACUCUCCUUGCAGGUUGGAGGAUAAGAGGAGUUUAUGGCGUGAGUUGAUUGAGUGGAAGUCUAGGAGCAGGGUUACUCUGUGGUGUCUAGCUGGUGAUUAUAACUCAGUUAGGUCCCUUGAGGAGCGGAGAGGCAUAGCAGCAGAUGCUGGUUAUCAACGAAGAGAAAUUGCAGAAUUUAACCGGUUUAUUGAAGAGAUGGAGGUCCUGGAUCUACCUCUUUCAGGGCGAAAAUUCACAUGGUACAGACCAAAUGGACUAGCCCAGAGCAGAAUAGAUAGGUUUCUGUUGUCUCCUGAGUGGGUAAACCGUUGGCCUCAUUGUCAGCAGCUGAGUCUUCAUAGAGAUGUGUCAGAUCAUUGCCCACUACUGCUUAGGAAUAUCCACCAAGAUUGGGGCCCAAAGCCCUUCCGGGUAUUAAACUGUUGGUUUAAUGACCCUUCUUUCAGAGGAUUCGUGAAAAACACAUGGGGAGGACUGGAUAUUCAAGGAUGGGGGGCAUACAAGCUGAAAGAAAAACUGAAAUCAUUAAAAGUACAGCUGAAAAGGUGGAAUAAGGAGGAAUUUGGCGACUUAAGGAAUAAAAGAGAGCUAGCAGUGAUGAAAAUAAAGGAGCUUGAUUCUAAAGAAGAGUUAUCCGGUUUGUCGGAGGAGGAGUGUAAUCUUCGCAAGGCGCUGUUUGGUGAAUUUUGGGCUGUAUUGAAACUGCAGGAGUCCCUUCUCUACCAGAAAUCAAGAUCGCAAUGGUUGAAGGAUGGGGACCAAAACUCCAGGUAUUUUCAUUCUUUAAUUAAUUGGAGGAGAAAAGCAAAUACCAUAGUUGGGUUGAUAAUAGAUGAUGUGUGGGAGGAAGAUACGAAAAAGGUAAAAGAAGAGGCGAAGGUUCAUUUUGAGCGACGAUUUGCAGCAAGCCAAGGGGACAGAUUGAGGUUGGAGGGGGUUCAGUUCGAUACCAUCUCACGUGCUGACAAUGAUUUACUAACCGGUCGGUUUGGGGAGGAUGAGAUCAAGGACGCAGUAUGGGAAUGUGGUAGUGAUAAAAGCCCGGGACCGGAUGGAUAUAAUUUUAAGUUUAUUCAAGAAUUUUGGCACUUGCUCAAAAGUGAUUUCCAGAGAGUGUUCGAAGAUUUAUGGAGUAGAGGGAUAUGGCCUAAAGGUAGCAAUGCUUCAUUCAUUGCAUUAAUCCCUAAGGUAGAUUCUCCGAUGGGUUUGAAUGAUUUUCGGCCAAUCUCAUUGAUCGGGUGUAUGUAUAAAGUUGUUUCUAAACUCUUGUCAUUGAGGUUGAAGAGGGUGCUGCCCAAGGUUAUCCAUGACAGUCUGCAUUUCUUGCGGGACGAAAUAUGCUUGACAGUGUGCUUGUGCUGAACGAAGUGCUAGAAGCAGCAAAAAAGGCUAAGAUCCCAACCAUAGCUUUUAAAGUAGACUAUGAAAAAGCCUACGAUUCUGUGAGUUGGGAGUUCCUUGAAUACAUGAUGGUUAGAUUGAAUUUUUGCCGGAAGUGGAUUGACUGGAUUAUGAAUUGCUUGAGAUCAGCUUCAGUAUCAGUUUUGAUUAAUGGGAGCCCUUGUGAGGAGUUCAGAAUGAAGAGAGGGUUGCGCCAGGGAGACCCUCUUGCUCCGUUCCUCUUUUUAAUUGUUGCAGAGGGCCUGAGUGCAUUGUUCCACAGAGCUGUGACAUUGGGUAAAUUCAAGGGAUUUAAUUUUGGCGAGGACUCUGGUAGAGGUGUCAAUCCUCCAAUUUGCAGAUGAUACAAUUUUCCUGGGAGAGGCCUCAGCCCAGAAUGUGUUAACCAUGAAGUGUGUGUUGCGAUGCUUUGAGUUAGCAUCUGGCCUCAAGGUAAAUUUCCAUAAAAGCAGAUUAGCAGGGAUAUCAGUUGAUAAUGAUAGCCUUGGAAGGUUUGCGGCUGUGCUUUACUGUAAAACUAUGAGUCUCCCAUUCACAUAUUUGGGCAUCCCUGUAGGAGGAAAGGCUAGAAGCCUGGCUUUGUGGGAACCUGUAAUUAAUAAAAUGAAGAAGAGGCUUUCUUCUUGGAAACAAAAGCACAUCUCGUUUGGGGGACGUUUAUGUCUUAUCCAAAGCGUUCUAUCUGCGCUACCAUUAUUUUUCCUAUCCUUUUUUAAGCUGCCAGAAGGAGUGCUCAAGGUCUGCAAUAAAAUUAUGCGGAAAUUUCUAUGGGGAGGAGCGGACUUGGAGACAAAAAUUUCAUGGAUAAAAUGGUCAGUGGUUUGUACCCCUAAAGAGAAGGGUGGAUUGGGUGUGAAGAAUUUGCGGCUGUUCAAUGUGGCGCUCCUUGGCAAAUGGAAAUGGAGAUUCUUACACGAACAAAGUAGUCUAUGGUGUAAGGUGGUCAGAGCACGUAAAGGUAAGUUUGGUGUUUCUUCUUGGUGGCGUGAUAUUAAUUCAAUCUGUAGUUUGGAAGGGUGGAAUUGGUUCGAUUCUAGUUUACAAAAACAGUUUCGCUCUGGGGAUGCUACAAAAUUUUGGUCUGAACAUUGGUGUGGGGAUGGAUCUUUAGAGCUGCAAUUCCAUCGGCUCUAUAACCUCUCUAAUCAGAAACAUAACACUGUCAAGGAUAUGGGAAGCUGGGAAAAUGACGUUUGGUCAUGGAACUUCAAAUGGAGAAGGAGACUUUGUGGUAGGGAGGUGGUUUGGCUAGAGGAUUUGUUGGGGGUGGUACAGCAGAUGCAGGUUGUGGAAAAUGUGGGUGAUAAGUGGAUUUGGAGGCAUGAAGGCGAGGGAGCUUACACUGUUAAUUCAUCUUACUGUUUUUUGCAGGAACAUGCUAAUGUUGAGGGUGAUCCAGCGUUCCAAUUGCUUUGGUCUGUGCCUGCUCCUUCUAAUCCAAAAGCGUUGGCCUGGCGAGUGCUAUGGGAUAGGGUGCAAACGAGAGACAACUUGCGCAAGCGUGGAGUAAUUGGCGGCGGCGUGGCAUCUUUGUGCCCAUUGUGUGAGUUUGAGGUUGAGACAAGCUCUCACUUGUUCUUCUUAUGCCCUGCAACUGUGCAAAUUUGGUAUGCUUGUUUUGGCUGGCUAGGCAUCUCCACAGCGUUGGUUCCUUCGUCUCGGCUGCAUAUCAUCCAAUUCCCAUCAAUUGGGAGAAGCAAAGCUCAACACGAGGGUGAGGUAGUGAUCUGGCUGGCAAUUAUAUGGUCUGUGUGGCUGUACAGGAAUAAAGUGAUCUUUCAAGGAGGUAUAUUUGAAUGGGAGCAGGUUUUCGAAAUGGCUCAGUCGCGGGCUUGGCAAUGGCUGAGUGCAAGAGUUGCAGAUUUCUCCUAUUCAUGGUAUGAGUGGAAAUUGAACCCAACCUCAUGCCUGUUAUCUUUAUAAUUGUUCUGCACUGGAUGUAGGGGAUAUUGGUUGGUUGCUGGUAUCAAAGGACAUUAAUUGGAUACAUGUAGGUUUGCAAUACGUAUUAGGGAGUGUGGAAUUUAGUGGCAAAGGAUGUGAGGAAUUAGCUUUUUCACUUGGGAUCGUGGCUGGUGACAUUUGCAGAAGAAGCUGGAGCCAUUUUGAUGUUAUUCCAUGGGUGUAAUCUGUAAUGAGAGCAGCCACUUAUUAGCUGCAAUUUUGUAAUGUAAAGUAUUCCAUGGGAUUUUGCAGGUGUAUAGAAAUUCUGUACUCUUUUUCCUUAACCGGGUUUUCCCAAGGGGGUUUUUCCUGGUAAGGUUUUAACGAGGCACAAUUUCUAUACUCGUCCCUUAGGAAGGGGUGGACUUGAGGUGGGGUACUUUGUUAGUAGGUGUUUUUCUGGUGAUCGUUUUGUAUCAGCUUUUACAUUUAGCGUCUUUGUUUUUUGUCUCUUUCCUUUCCCUCUCUAUAUUGUAUUGGGUUGAAGUACCCCUUGUACUUCUUUCAAUAUAAUUUCAUUGGCUUAUCAAAAAAAAAACUUGGAAGUAUCA